CUGUCUCAUUCUGGAACAUUCUGGUACUUAGUAUAUGUAGGUGGAGUCCCUUUUCCCUGUGCCACCAUCCUUCCUCCUCAGUCCUCCUGUCUUGCAUGUGCUUCCACACACUGCACAUACGUGCAUAUGCCCCCACACCUGCAUUCUGAAGCUCCCCACCCCAUCCCACAAGCUGGCCAUUCUCCAGGACCAACAUGCUGGGUGAGCAGAAAAGAGGAAGCAAUGCUGAUUCUCACUGGUGCGCUCUUAUCUGCAGUCCUGAAAUUCACAGUCCAGUUAAACACCAAGGGUGAUAACUCUCUGAAGCCUCAGUGUCAUGAGAGUUCACCUGCAGAUUACACAGAGUAAACGGGCUGUAAACACACAGUCACCACGGUAAUGAGUUUAUGACCUUCCUGCCUCACGCAGAGUUGUAAAACUUUGUGAGGCCUCUGUGCACCUGGGCACUUUGGGGUCACAGCUCUGCCUUACAAGGAGGGCGCCGAGGUGCUGUCCAAGGAUCUGCAGACAGUAAACACCUAGUAACGCUUUUGUGUGCUUUGUGACUUCCCUUCUCCCUUUGCUCUGGGCCCCAUGUCCAAGCAAGGAAGUGCUGAAUCUGGGUCAUUCUACCACUGUCUCCAGCCCAGCUGCCAUGGUCCUGUUUCAAGACCUCAGCCUUUAAAACCAUCAACCCCUAUCCCCCUGAUUCCCGGCACCAGCUGACCCUGUGUGGACCCACCCGUCCAGCUCCCCUGAAACCUUGGUCAGCAGCUUCCUAGGGCCCAGAGUGAAAUUCAGACUCCUGGACCUGACUCUCCAAACUCCCUGGACGGGACUCCAGCCCUCCUGUCCAAGGCCUUUCCCCUCUCCAGCCCCUCCACUUGCUUGACCCUUGCCUCUGCCCCUUUGACUCCAGUCCUUUGGGGUCACUUAACCUUCCCCAAGCAGGUUCUGCGCUUUCCCACUUGGCUUUGCGCACAGUGGACUCUGCGACCAGUCAGCUCCCUGCUGCUGCUUACCAUGUGCUUAGGAAGUGCCCCGUCCAGGGCUGAGGGUCUGUCAGGGUCACGGCAGCAGCUUGUUCUGGGUAUUUACAGCACUCUUUUGGGGCCACUUUCCCUUUCUUCCUCUUAGAACUAAGUGACCUUUACUGGUGUUGCCUUACAUGUCACACUAUAUUCUUUGCUUUGAUACAUACACAGCAUAUACUGUCUCUGUCACCAUAUGUACAUGUCAGAGAUUAGCAAAUGCCAAAAAAAACACAAUGAUCAUCAUACAGUGGUUUUAGUGGAAAUAACCACUGUACCCCAUUGACCCAUGGCGCUAUGAACAUGGCCUGCAAAUUGCAAUCAUUUUGACAUAUGAGACAAGCAGUUCCCAAACUAUCAGGCAGGGCACCCGGGAAUACCCAAGAAUUUUUUCUGGGAAUUUUGCAAGGUCAAAACUAUUUCAGUAAUAGUGAUAUUUGCCUUUUUCACUCUCAUUCUCUCCUAGGUAGACAGACAAAUAUCCCAGUUUAGGACAUGACAUGGGAUAUAGCAACAGAUUGAAAGCAGACACAGAUAUAAGAAUCCAGCUCUUUUCUAUUAAGCCAGAAAAAAAUGCAAAAUGAAGUCACUCUUGACUAAAUUUUUCAGUUCUGAAAAAUGUUUUCCCAUAGAAAAUAUAACUGAAGUCGCUGUGAAAUGGGUUUAUUGUAAGGGAAUUGACUAGAGAAUGUUUUUGAUUGUUCUAAUUUCUAACGGAGUAAGUACUGAUAGGUACAACCCACAUAAACAAAAGGAAAAGGGUCCACAGGGCCAAAACUUUGGAAAACUGCCCUUGACAAAUGAUAGGACCGUCCUUGAACUCUGGAUCAGAUCGAACUCCCUCCCCUGGCUCUUCCCUGCAGCAGCGCCCAGGGUAAGCCUGACAUAAAGCCUCCUUCAAGAGAAUCAUUUUCUAAGGCAGCCCUCACUCUAUCUAUUUCCAGUCCUGUUUGGAGAUCACGGCUGCGCCGGGUGGGAGGAGCCCCGAGUGGGAGGAGCCAGGGUGGGCGGGUCUCGGGUAUGCAGAAACUCAGAGCCUUCCUGUAGACGUCACAGGGCGCCCGGCAGGGAGUGGGGUGAAUCCGCAGCCAUGGCCUUCCGGGAGGCGGCCUGACCCCAGGGAGGCGGGCGCUGCACCACAUGGGCGCCCUGCCCCGGCGGCCGGGCCGCGUCGUGCUCACGCCUGCCCAGAAGCGGCCCUUGUGCAGCGCAUGGCCGCUGGGCCGUCCUGGCCGGCCGACAUGCUGGACCACUACCAGGUGCUACUACCGCCAGGCCUCGCCGGAGAGCAUCAGGAAGGCCGACCACCCACUGGCGCCCAAGUGGCUCCCCGACGGAAACCCUGGGAACAAGGAGGCGGCCUACGAGGUUCUGUCGGAUGCCCAGAAAAGGGACGACCCCGACCGCCACGGCGAGGCGGCGGCUGCGGGCGGCGGCGGCGAGGGCCCAUCCGUGGACGCCUUCACCCCCCCGCGACCCUGCCGACGUCUGCAGGGAGUUCUUUGGGGGCCAAGACCCACUUUCAUUUGACCCCUUUGGAGACCCACAUGCAGAUAUUUUGAGGGGUCAAGAAGCUCCCGCAGAUGCAGAAGGAGAAGC